UGUUUCUUUGUUAUUAGCUGCCGCCUGGAAAGGUGGAAGUCAUGGCUCUCCGUGUUACUAGGAACAUGAAGCUCAAUGCUGAGAAUAAACUGAAGGGCAAUGUCCCAGGUACCAAGAAGGUGCCUGUACCCACAGCUGCCUCCAAGCCUGGGCUGAGACCAAGAAUGGCCCUGGGUGAUAUUGGCAACAAAGAAGCCAAAGCUCCCAUAGCAAAAGUAGCUGCUAAAAAAGCCCCCAAACCGGUAGAAAAGAUGCGUGUGCCUGAACCUGUUAAGGAAGAGAAACUAACUCCUGAGCCUAUUAAGGUGGACUCUCCAUCCCCAAGCCCAAUGGAAACAUCUGGGUGUGCACCUGCAGAAGAGUUUCUGUGCCAAGCUUUUUCCAAUGUCAUACUUGCAGUAAAAGAUGUUGAUGAAGACAAUACAGCUGAUCCAAACCUUUGUAGCGAAUAUGUGAAAGAUAUUUAUUGCUAUCUUAGACAACUUGAGGAAGAGCAGGCCAUCAGACCAAAAUACCUGGUGGGUCAAGAAGUCACUGGGAACAUGAGAGCCAUCCUAAUUGACUGGUUAGUACAAGUGCAGAUGAAGUUCAGGUUGCUACAGGAGACUAUGUACAUGACUGUGGCCAUUAACCGAUUUAUGCAGGAUAAUAGCGUGCCUAAGAAGCUGCUGCAGCUGGUGGGUGUUACAGCCAUGUUCAUUGCCAGCAAGUACGAAGAGAUGUACCCACCUGAAAUUGGAGACUUUGCCUUUGUAACUGACCACAUGUAUAGCAAGCAUCAGAUUCGGCAGAUGGAAAUGAAGAUUCUAAAAGCUUUAGACUUCAGUCUGGGUCAUCCUUUACCCCUGCACUUUUUACGCUGAGAAUCUAAGGUUGGAGAGGUUGACAUUGAACAGCACACCUUAGCCAAAUACCUGAUGGAACUCACAAUGGUGGACUAUGAUAUGGUCCACUUCCCUCCUUCCCAGAUUGCAGCAAGUGCAUUUUGCUUGGCAUUGAAAGUCCUCGACUAUGGUGAAUGGACCCCAACUCUUCAACACUACAUGUCCUACACGGAGGAGGCCCUUCUGCCUGUAAUGCAGCACAUGGCUAAGAAUGUGAUCCUAGUGAACCGGGGCCUUACAAAGCACAUGACUAUCAAGAAUAAGUAUGCCAGCACUAAGCAUGCAAAGAUCAUCAGUAUUGCACAACUGAAUUCUGUACUAAUUCAAGAUCUAGCCAGGCCACUAACAAAAGUAUAA